CUGAACGGCUUCUGUUUAGGAAAAACCUACCCGCAGAAGGGGCAGACGGUUGCAGUUCAUUACACUGGUACCUUAGAAAAUGGGAAAAAGUUUGAUUCAUCACGCGAACGUGGUGGACCUUUCACCUUUAGAAUAGGUACUGACGAAGUCAUAUCCGGCUGGAAUGUAGGAAUUUCUCAGAUGAGUCUUGGUGAACGGGCAAUGCUUACUAUUUCACCAGAAUCGGCCUAUGGUGCCAGAGGUAUUCCUGGAGUGAUACCUCCGUCGGCUGUUCUUAUGUUCGAUGUAGAAUUGUUGGAAAUAUCGAUUCUGUACAAGCAGUAAAU